UCUCUCCCUCCUCUCCGGCCCCUCUCUCCACACUGUGCGUGCCUCUGAAAGACAAGUCCAGCACUGUUGCUGCGUGACUGCUGAAUUUGCUUCACAGCUUCAGAGGCAGUAGAAGACGACAGGGAGGGAGGGAAAGAGAGAGCAUCCAUGGAGAACCUGAAGGAGCAGCGGGGACAGGAGGCCGCGGGCGCGAACGGGUGGAUGACGGUGCCGGCGUUCGGGGACUGGGGCAUGAAGAACGGCGCGUUGCCGGACUACUCCAUGGACUUCUCCAAGAUCCGCGAGAUGCGCAAGCAGAACAAGAAGGAGCUCUCCCGCGCCAGCCUCGGCGGCGAGGACGCCCUCCCCCCAUCCCAACAGGAGCGCAACACGGCGCAGCCCAAGGCCCAGCCCAAGCUCGGCCGCCCGGCUGAAGACCACCGCCGGCCUCUCCACGGCCGCGACCACUCCCCAACCGGAGGAAAGAAGUUUCUGAGCUACUUCCAGUGCUGUAUCAAGGUCUGAAGAAGAACUGCCGCCACUGCCUGUGUUGUGUCACAGCACAAAACAACUGAGCAAUUAGGUUUUGGUUUUGUUAAGUAUCCAAAAAUGUGUAAUAUAUUCGUUCUGAUGGCUACUCAGUCGGUCUUUAUGAAGAACAAAACGAUUUGUGAGGUAAACAAAGGUCUCUUUGUACAUUUCAUCAUCGAUUUGCUUGCGACUUGCGGCACAAUUUACCUUGUAAUAUAUUGGAGGGAGGAUUGGCAUCUACUCCGUCUUUUUGUAUGAUUGAGGCCGAUGCUUCAUUUGGAUUGGUUUUUGUAAUCAUGAUCGGAGAAAUAUAGAAAGAACAAACAACUCAUCUCU